GGUGCGACAUGAGAAGUUGAUGCCGGUUACAUAUCGUCAGUCUUUCGAGAAUUGUCCGGGAGUCAACAGGUGCUUCAACAAUCUCAUUUUAAAAAAUAUAAAUUUUUUCGUUUUAUUUUAAAUUAUUUAUUUAUUUAAAAAAUAUAUAUUAAUAAAAUUAAAUAUUAAAUUGUUUUGAAGAAUUAUUUAUUUAAAAAAAAGGCAAUUUUUUCUAUUUUUUUUUUUCACUAUUUUAAAUUUUAUUUAUACUAAAAAGUGGUUGACAAGUUGAAAGUGUUAUCAGCAUUUUCAAUCUUUUUUUUUUUAACAUUAAAUUUGUGCCAUUGUUUUAUCAACAAAAAAUAAUUUUUAACAGUCAAUGAUUUGAAGAAAAAAAAAGCUAUAUAUAUUUAAAAAUAAUUUUUUAAUCAAUUGAAAUUAAUCAAAUUAUCAAAAUGAAGUUAAAGAUAAUAAAUUUGAUUUUGAUGAGUUUAUUUUUGUCAAUAAAGACAGAAGAAAUACCUAAUCCAAAAUACACAAGAACAAUGUUAAAAGUGUCAAGAAGUUUACCUGGUGAAACACGAGAAUUAAAAGUACGAACAUCUGAAGGAAAUGUUGCAACAUUAAUUGUAAAAAGACGUGAAAAAUUUGAUAAUUUACAAAAUUUAAAUUCAACAAAUUCUCCAAAUAAUAAUACACAAUUAAUUAAUAAAAAUUUAUAUAAUAAAACAUCAUUAUCUUCAUCAUUUUUGCAUGAAAAUUCUAAUGAAAAUGAACCAACACAUUUUAAAUUAGAUACUAAAUUAAUAAAAAAUAAUAAUGAUGAUUAUGACAAUUGGAGACCAUUGAAUUUUAAUGAAAAAAUACAAAAUAAUAUUGAGCCAUCAAAAGAAACUUAUACAAAUUGGAAACCAUUACCACCAGAUACAACAAAAUCAUCAAUUGAUGAUAGCCCAAAUAACGGUCUUUUAUUUGCAAGAAAUUUUAAAAAUCGUGAAGAACGUUUAAUUGAAAAUAAAGAUAAUAAUGGUAAAGGUAGUUAUCGUGUUAUUCCACAUCAAUCAAGACCAUCAAAACGCACAAAUAUUGGUGCAAAUUUAUCAAAAAAUCGUGGUGGUAAAGAUGUACCACCAGAAAUAACAAUAAGAUCAGAAAUAAAUGUUAAAUCAUUAACAAAAAGACGACCAAUGUCAUUGGAUUCAGAUGGUACACCAGUUAUUCAUGGUAUACGUGUACCAGAUGAACCAAUUGAUAAAGUUCAAGUAUGGAGAAAUGCCAGAGUUGUUAAUAAUACACUCGUCACAAAUACAAUUCAAAAAAUUGAUAAAAAAAUUGAAACAACAACAACACCAACAGCAGCAAUAACAACACCAACAUAUCAUGAUGACAGUGCAGAUGAGAAAAAAAGAUUUGAAAAAUUCUUCCAAGAUGUCAAUAGAAGGUUUGGCCAUGAUUACAAUGAACAACCAAGGAAUGUCUACUACGAGUGGGAUCCAACAAGUCAUCAAAAUAGAGCAUUAAAUGCUGAUGUUUAUGAAACAAAUAAUGACAAUUAUCGUUCACCAAUACAAAAACGUAUGCUACAUCCAGAAGGUACACAAUCAUAUCCAACAUCAUCAGUAUAUACAUCUGAUAAUCAUAAAAUAUCAUCAUCAUCAUCAUCACCAUCAUUGUCUUCAUCAUCAUCUUCGUCUUCGUCAUCAUUAUCAUUAAAAUCAGGUACACGUACACCAGUAUUACAAUAUGCACAUCCAGAACUUGGUGUACAACCAGUUAAAAUAAUAAAAUAUGAAAAAAAACAAAUACCAGAUAAUUUUCCAGAUAAUCAAAAUUCAUUUACUGAACAAAGACAUAAAAAAAAAUAUGUAUUAAAUGAUAAAAAUAUAAUUGAUUCAUAUAAUAAUAAAAAUUAUUAUCCAAAUCAACAUUUUUAUGGUUUAAAACAUAAUAUUGAACAGCCAUUUUGGAUAAAAUUAACUGAAAAUGUUAAAAAACAUGUUACACAAUUAACAAAACCAGUUAUUGAUCCACUUGUUGAAGCAACAAAUAAAAUAUCUAAAAAUCUUGGUUUAUUAAAUAACAAUGAAAAAUCAAUAGCACAAGAUAAAAGUGGUAGUGUUGCAACUGGUACAUCAAUAUUAAUACCAGCAUUGGGUCUUGUUGCAUCUGGUGCUGCACUUGGUAUUGGUGCUGUUGCUGUUGGUCGUUAUCUUGAUGUUGAUGUACUCAAAAGAUCAAAUGAUAACCAACAAUAUACACUAAAUAACAAACGUUCAUUAAAUUUAAAUAAUCCAAUAAUUGAUCAUCAAAUUAAUUAUCAUCAAGAUGAUGAUGAUGAUAGUAAUAAACAAAAAAAAAAUGAUAGAAAAAAACGUAGUUUUGAUUAUCUUGAUGUAUUUAAUGCUGAUGAAAAUAUGGAAAAUUUAAUUAGAAAUAAAAGAAUGAAAAAAAUUGAUACAUUUGAUGAUUCAUCAAUGAAAAAUAAUAAUAAUAUAUUUUUUUUAAUUAAUGAUAAUGAUGAUGAUAAUAUUAAUGAUGAAUUUUUUAAUAAUUUAAAUAUCAGAAAACGUAGAAAUAUUGAUGAUGUUGAUGUAUAUCAAAAUUUAAAAAAUUUAGAAUUAUCAGUUGAUGCUAAUUUUCAAUCUGAUAAUUGGACAAAUACACAAUGUGCCAAAAAAUUUUUUUGCAAUACUAUGAUAAAACGAGGACAGGAUAGUAAAAUUUUAAUGGAAAAAAAAAUGGAAAUUUUUUUAAACACGAUUAAGAAGAGUCAACAGGAUCAAGUAACAAGCCAUUUUAAUGAUGUCAUGGAAGCUGUUAGACAAAAUGAUUGUUCAAAAUUUAACUGUCGAAAAACACCAAAUAUUUCAACUUGAAAUAUUAUAUUAAUUUAUAAAUUAAAUAAAUAAAUAAAUAUGUUGACACAUAUUUAUAUCAACAUGAAAAAUUUUAGUCAGCAACUUAAAAAGAUAAUCUUUUUUUUUUUUAAAUUAUAUAUAUUCAUUUGAAUAGAUAAAUAAAUUAAAGGAAAAAAAAUGUUUUUUUUUUUUUAAAUAUGCGUUUAAAUUUCACACAAUAGACUGCAAAAUAUAUUGCUUAUAUUUUUUUUUUAUGUUUCAAAAUUAUAUUUAAAAAUACACUAAGUAAACUAAGUUAUAUAUAUUUAUUUUGGUUCAUUUUUUUUUCUUUCAACUAUUAAAUUAUUAUUGUUUUUAUUAAAUUAUUAUUGAAAAAUCGAACCAUCAAUUAUUGUGUUUGAAUUUUUUUUUGUUUUAUUUCUAAGUUUAAUAAUAAUUUUUAAUAAAAAAAAAAAAAAAUAAAUAAUUGAAUUAAGAAAAUAAACUUGAUAUGAAAAAUUAUUUAUUAAUAAUAAUCCUUAAAAAAAAUAAUUAUUAUAUUAUCUAUUUAAAAUAUAAAUUGUUUAUUUUUUUUUCAAAUUUAUUUUCACACACUGACCACUGUUGACUUUCUAAUUGAUGUAAUAUUUUUUUUAUGUUACUAAAUAAAUUAUUAGAUUCAGUUUUCUAAAUUUAAA